AUGAUCAAGACGCUGCUGCUGCUGCUGCUGCUGCAGCAGCAGCAGCAGCAGUUUUCAAAAUUCCUAGACGAGAAGCUGAGGGUUUCCUUAAAGGUUUGUGGCAGCAGCUGUUUUUCGAGCAAAUCCGGCUUAAAAGGUGAUCCUACAGCAGCAGCAGCAGCAGCAGCAGCAGCAGCAGCAGCAGCAGCAGCAGCAGCAUACAAGAGAAGCCUCUUUGGAGGGGAUUUUCCAGAUUCCUGGAUGAUGAAGCAGAAGAAUUCCUUAAACAUCUCUGGCAGCUGCUGCUCUUCGCGCAAAUCGGACUCAAAGAGUGAUUCUCCUGCUGCUGCUGCUGCAGCUGCUGCUGCUGCAGCAGCUGCUGCUGCAGCAGCUGCUGCUGCUGCAGCUGCUGCAGCGGGGGCUGGGCCUAUCUUCUGCCCACAGCAGCAGCAGCAGCAGCAGCAGCAGCAGCAGCAACUGCAGGAGCAGCAGCAGCAGCAACUGCAGCAGCAUCAGUAG